AUGCGCAUGGCCGACUGAUGGGCGCUUGGUCCGAGCGCUGGAGGUGUGGAGAUGGCGGCAGGUCCCCCUGUCACCAUCAGCAUCGAGGCGGCCUGUGAGAAUCAGGUGCAGGAAGUUGCUCUCGAUGGCACCGAGGCCUACGUGCAGCCGCUCUCCAUGUCGGAGAACCUGGCCAAGUUAGCGCAGAAAAUCGACUUCAACCGGAGCGACUCGGAGGGAGAGGAGGCCGAGGCCCAGGGCGGGGAGGAGUGGGCGCAGCGGCAGCAGGACAGCGACGACGAAGAGGCAAUGCUGAAGUUUCAGCCUUCUUUGUGGCCAUGGGAUACAGUUAGAAAUAACUUGAGGAGCACACUGACAGAAAUGUGUGUACUUUAUGAUGUACUUAAUGUCCUCAAGGAGAAAAAGUAUAUGACCUUGGACCCAGUCUCUCAGGAGUCACCGCCUUCCAAACAGGGGUUACAACUGUGUGGGAAGAAGAAAUCUUUAGCAGGAGCUGCUCAGAUUCUUUUGAAAGGAGCAGAAAGAUUAAAUAAAUCAGUAGCUGAAAACCAGGAACAUAAACAUCAAAGAGACUUCAACUCGGAGCUCCUCAGACUGCGACAACACUGGAAACUAAGAAAAGUGGGUGACAAGAUCCUUGGGGAUAUGAGUUAUAGAAGUGCAGGUUCCCUUUUUCCUCAUCAUGGGACAUUUGAAGUCAUAAAGAAUACUGAUCUGGAUUUAGAUAAGAAAAUUCCAGAUGAUUAUUGCCCUCUUGAUAUAGUGAUUCCUAGUGAUCUAGAGGGAUCAGCAUAUAUUAAGGUUUCUAUACAGAAGCAGGCAAAUGAUAUUGGGGAUCUUGGCACAGUCAACCUCUUCAGAAGACCUUCACAGAAACCCAAUCCAGGUAAUGCACACUGGCAGACGAAGCUAGAAGAAGCACAAAACGUUCUGUUGUGUAAAGAAAUCUUUGCACAUCUGUCUCGAGAAGCAGUGCAGAUAAAAUCACAGAUACCACACAUUGUAGUAAAAAACCAGAUCAUCUCUCAACCAUUUCCAGGUUUGCAGUUAUCCAUUUCUUUGUGUCACUUUGUAAGUGAUAAGAAGGCUCAGAAAGUUUCUGUUGAGAAGCAACGGCCUGAUGAUCAUCUAUAUGUGCUAGAACACAACCUUCACCAGCUAAUGAGAGAGUUCCAUAAACAGACCUUGAGUUCUUCAGUGAUGCCCCACCCAGCUACUGCACCUUUUGGGCUGAAGAGAAUGAGGUUAGCAGGACCCCAGGCAUAUGACAAAGGAGAGAUCACGGCUUUACAGCAGAAUGAAGGAUUAUUGGAGAAGAUAAUAAAACAGGCUAAACACACCUUUUUGAGACGUAGAACUGCAAGGACAAUUGACAACUUGGCCAGUCGUAUUGAAGAUCCACAGAUACAAGCUCAUUGGUCGAACAUUAAUGAUGUGUAUGAAUCUAGUGUUAAAGUGUUGAUAACAUCUCAAGGCUAUGAACAGAUCUGCAAAUCAAUUCAGCUGCAGUUGAACAUUGGUAUUGAACAGAUUAAGGUGGUGCACAGAGAUGGUAGAGUAAUUACAAUAUCUCACCAGGAACAGGAAUUGCAGGACUUUCUUCUCUCCCAGAUGUCACAGCACCAGGUGCAUGCAGUUCAGCAGCUGGCCAAAGUAAUGGGCUGGCAUCUGUUGAGCUUCAGCAAUCAUGUGGGUCUAGGUCCAGUGGAGAGUAUUGGGAAUGCUUCUGCAAUAACUGUAGCUUCACCCAAUGGAGAGUAUUCAAUUUCAGUACGGAAUGGGCCUGAAAGUGGUUGUAGAGUGGUGGUUCAGUUUCCUAGAAGUCAGUGCAAAGAUCUUCCCAAGAGUGACGUGAUGCAAGACAGUAAAUGGAAUCACCUUCGAGGACCGUACAAGGAAGUACUGUGGAGUAAGAUGGAAGGGCGCAACUUUGUUUAUAAAAUGGAACUCCUGAUGGCAGCUCUUGCUCCUUGCCCAUAAUUGAUGACUUUUGUGCAGACCAGCAUCUUUCUGUUAGUACCUUCCACUUAACGUUUCUUUUGAGUUCUGCUGAAACAAUGGGGUACAAAUUUGAAACUGCCAUCAAAUGUACUUUUUUCUACUGUAUUUGUAAAGAUGUGUUCUGUUGAUUAUAGAAAUGGGUGAAAGCUUUAAUGGAUACUCAUUGACAAUUAGUGGUUAUGGUGCAGAUGUAUCUUUAAUUCAUUUUGUGUAUAAUUUUCUAUAGUUUGUAAAUAAAGUAAAAUGUUUUGAUUGCAAAUUUCCACAUUAUAUAACAAAGCCACCAACAUUCAACAAUGAUAGACAUAUCAUUGUCCUCUGAAACUGAACUGUGUAAAGUUAUCUCUUUUCAUAACAACAGAAGUGCUAUUUAACAAAAAAGGGUUACACUAAAAAUCUUUGUUUCUUGCGUAUGUUCCCAAGACAGUGGAACUCUGAUACUAACUCUACAAAUGGCUGUGAAAUGUCUGUUUGUGAAAAAAGAACUUCCCAUUUAAUGUUUUACUGAUGACCAAAAUCUAUCAUGAGAUUCUUGGAUAAUGGUGCCACAUUAGCUAAUCAGAGAAAUGUUCUGUAAUCUACAUUUCAUAUCCUACAAGUGCAGUGGCAUUUAUAAAUACAUUUUAUCUUGGGUUUGAUCAUUUUGGUCUAAAUCUUGGUACAUAAAAGAUAUUUAUAAUGUCAUCGCAGCUUCUGAUUUUAUUCCUAUCUUGCACUGUUUUUCUGCUUAUCUUUUUAUCUUUAUUGAGCUUGCUAUGCCUAAAUUUCAAAUUAAGCACCAUGUGGAUUGUAAAAGAUACUGUCCUUAUUUCUGUUUAAUAAUUCAGCUGCAUCAGACUGAAUAGUUUCUAUCCAUCCCCUUAUACACCAGCAGUGCAGCGUGAUACAAUAUGCAUUGAAUAUCAAGUGACUGGAAUGAAGCUGAGCUAGUGC